GAGGGGAAGGAGGAGGAGGGGGGGGAAAGAACAGUCACAGGAAUCACCUGACUUUCACUUUUUUUAAAGUUACCCGCCCAUUGACAUUUAAUUUUGUGUAACAUCAUAUCUUACCUUAUAUACAGUACCAGAUUCAUGAAAGACAUUUUUUUUGUGAUAUUCAUAAUACGACAUUUUACACACUUAAUGUCCUCAUUCCCCCCCCUUCACCAUAAUGUCUCAUUCUCCUUUACCAAUUCAGUUAACAGAAAAAAAUAUACAUAAUAAAAUUUUUCAAUUCAUUUACCAGAUACCUUUUAUAAUUAAUUAGUAUAUUUCACAUCACAUAAAAAUGGCUAAAUUCAUUAAAGCAGGUAAAGUUGCUAUUGUCGUCCGUGGUCGUUUCGCUGGUAAGAAAGUCGUCAUUGUUAAACCACAUGAUGAUGGUACCAAAUCACACCCUUUCCCACAUGCCAUUGUUGCUGGUAUUGAAAGAGCUCCAUUAAAGGUUACCAAAAACUUGGGUGCUAAAAAGACUGCCAAGAGAACUAAAGUUAAGCCAUUUGUUAAAUUAGUUAACUACAAUCAUUUAAUGCCAACUAGAUACUCUUUAGAUGUUGAAUCAUUCAAAUCCGCUGUCACUUUAGAAGCUUUAGAUGAACCAUCCCAAAGAGAAGAAGCUAAAAAAGUUGUUAAAAAGGCUUUAGAAGAAAAACAUCAAGCUGGUAAAAACAAGUGGUUCUUCCAAAAAUUACACUUUUAAAUCAAUCAAAUCUCAUCAAUCAUCAUCCAUCAAUAAUCAUACUUCUAUAUAAUCUUAUAAACUUCUAUUUUUUUGUAUAAAUUUGUUGUUUGGGAGGGGAAAAGGGGGUUUCCAUUUUAAAAGCAAACCAAUUCAAGCCAUCUAAUUUAAUAUUAUUAUUACUUUGUUAAAUCCUUGUUUUGUUGUUUUUUUCUUCUUGCAUGGGUUUAAAAAUAAACAUACAAUAAUUUAAUGAUCUAAAACCAUCCAUCAUCUAUCCAUAUAAUCAUAUAAACAGAUCAACCAAAAAAUAAAAGAAAAACUAUUUUAAAACUAUUUUAAACCGUUGUAUAUGUAGAUUGAUAAGUUAUUAGACAUUCAAGUUUGCGUUUAUCUUUUUUGAACCUAUAUCUGUAUACUU